CCGAUUUCGGCGAUCCAAUGCAGGGGCCACUGACUGACCAAAACUGGCAAGACAGAAGAGAAAUUGUGAUGGCCCUCAUCAACAGUUCUCCGCAAUCAAUCCCGAUUCAGUUAAGGACUCCGGAGGCCAAAAUGAAAAUCUGCAACACGACGACGCCAGCCACGCUGUCAGACGUUCACCAGAACACCUGCGUUGGCCGAGCAGGACAACACAACGACUGCUUCCUAGGAGACGACACGGAUGUUGGAACCUACACCGACGUCACGACGGAAAAGGCGUACCUGGCCCAGGAUACCCUCCACUUGCCCAUGAGUGGGGAGACCUGCCAACGAAGCGUUGAUGCAAAUGGCCAGGAAACUUCCCGAAGUGGUUGUGAAACGGCAUUACGGGAGUUGUUUGGCUUCCACUGGACUCUUUUGCACGACAACUACAACUUGGAUGUUCUCAAUGACUGGAAGUCUGAACGAUGUUUCUAUAUAAUACACCAAAACCUGGGUUACAGGCUGUACUUGAAAAACGUGAUUCUUCCAACCUCAGUAGAAGCUGGAGGGGAGGUGUGUUACCACAUUGUUUUGAGCAACAUUGUUAGCGCUCCAUACAAACCCUGGAAGGUCGCCCUUGUGUUCAAGUCACAAACAGGCAGCCAGUACUAUGCCGUAGAUUUGGACAACGUAGACGUUCGAUCUUGGCUCCCUGGUCCUGACAUAGUCCUGUCUGGCACUACCAAACUUCCGUCUGACGCUACCAGUGGAACGUAUGAUAUGUUCCUGGCGAUCUAUGACGAGAAAACGAAGCAGCUGUCUAACUACUGCAUCCUCCUGGCCAAUACUGGCGUCCCUCAAUACACUGCGGGAUUAAACUCGCUCCAGACAACCAUCCAAGUAUCUGGAGUAAAUUCUGAAACUAGUUCAUGCACCUCUGCCACGACCUGGACACCUCCUACCCCAGGAACCUACUCAAGAGUAUUUAUUCCACCUACUUAAAGUAACAACAUAUUCGACUAUAUCGAAAUUGUGGAAGUGGAACAGCUUGUUUUAAAAACAUCAAGAAGCGGAGCGCUCCAGUUUCGGUACACCUAGUGAUGUGAAAUAUUUGGACAUGUCAACAAACAAAUAAUAAACAUUUCUUUCUUUCUUCUUUCUUAACAAAUAUGUCUUUCUUACGAAAUAAACAAAAAUAUUUCUUUAUUUUCAGUAAAUUUUGCACCAGUCAUAAAAAUUGUCCAGUACAAUAAAAUUCAG